AGUAGACCCCAAUUUAAACUUGUGAUCCUAAAUAAACAUACAAGGUGGAAUAAAAUAAAAUCGGCCAGCAGAUGGACAGUUGUAUCCUGUAGUCAUAGCUUUCACUUUCAUAUUUUCUUCUCUUUACAAAUCACAACCCUCUUCAUUCACAUCACUGUCGUUCCAAGCCGAACUCCGCAAGCAACCGACAAACCUUUUCCACCUCCAUGUGAGAAGAAAGUAAAGAAAAGAAAGAGAGAGAAAGGGCCCUCGUCACAGAAUCUCAUAAGGUGAAAGGUAAAAACUAGAAACUAAAAACCUCUCUACCUUCCUCCACAAGGUGUUCCGAAAAGAAACAAAAAGAAGAACCUUUGAUCGAGAAUCAAGGUGGCAUUUGGGUCUUAAUAAAUUUAUUCUAUAAAGGUAAUAGAAAAUUAGAGGUAACCCAAAUAGAAAAUUGAAAAGAAAUAUCCGGGGGAAUGGAGGGGGAGGGAGACGUGGGUCCUGCUGGACCAUUCUCCUGUUGUCAUCUUUUGUGAGGAUAAGCUCUGAACCCAAAACAAAUCCCUUUACCCACGGCCCUUGAGGGGGGUGGCUUCAAUCUUCUUCACUCCUAGAGUGACAAGGGUCACCAUGGCGGUGGCUUGAAAUUCGACGCUACACUCCAAGCCCACCUUCUUUGAUCUGUGAAUAUUCACAACACCCAACUCAUAUUUCAACCCCCUCUCAGUCUCUUCUGCUCCUCCAGGCUCCAUACUCCAAACUCCCCAUGAAAUGGAUCUUGAAGAGUGGGAGUACCUGCCCGAUGAUGGGUUUCUUGAUUUCAGUGAAGACGGUGGGAGGAAGAUCUUCAUCAGGGACAGUGAUCCCAACUCCAAGGGCGUUUUCGACAUGAAUUACUUCAUAUGCCCAACUCCCAAGCGUGAGACUUGGGUGGAACCUCCUCCUCUCAGUCCGAGGCUGCCCAAGCAGCUUCUCCCACUCCAAAUUCGGUUGGAUCCACCUCCAAUCGUUGAUGAGGAGGUUGUGAAGCACAUCACUAAGAUUCCACUCCAGAUUGAGGCCCUGCCACCGCCGGUGAUCAGGGUUCCAAGCCUGGAAGCCUUGAAGGAAGCCGAUCAAGACACGGUUUCCCAAGUUUUCUUCAAGAAAAUGAAGGAAAAUGAAUUCGUCGACAUGAAAAUGGACUCUCCCAAGUCCGGAAGCAGGGGAAUCCUGCCUCAAAUCGAGGCGGGUGGGUUCCAGUUUGAGGAGAAGGAUGAGAAGAUGGAGAAUACCCACAACCCAUCAAAGAAAAAUAAUCUGGGACCGGCUCCGGGCCCAGAUAUCAAAGAAGAUGAAGAGGGCAGUUGGACAGAGAGCAGCGGUCGGUUCAACGUAUGGAAGUGGAGCUUAACUGGGAUCGGUGCCCUCUGCUCCUUCGGGGUUGCUGCUACUACCAUCUGCAUUAUCAUCUUCGCCAGCAGCCAAAGAAACAAACACCACCAACACAACCAAAGGCUUCGGUUUCAGAUCAUCACUGACGACAAGAGGAUCAAGCGAGUGGUUCACCAUGCAACACAAUUGAAUGAAGCAUUUUCUGCAGUGAGAGGAGUUCCCCUCACCAGAGCUCAUAUAACCUUUGGUGGCUACUAUGAUGGUCUCUGAGCAGUAUCUUCAAGAUGGGUUCGCUGUGACUCAACAAUUAUCAGACACCUGGAUCUGCACCUGCAGGAUCUUUAUAUAUCUGUUACUGUAUGUGCAUAUAUAGAUUCCUAUUUCUGUUUGUAUUAUAGGACCCCUUCUGGCUAUAUAAUAAAAAAACUGCCAUACCAUACAAGUUGGUUCCUUA